UGCGCUGAGAGCGGAAGAGCGCCGGGAGCUGGGCUGUUUGGGAGCUUUUACUGUUUAUAUAUCAUUAAUUUAUAGAUUUAUAUAAUAAUUAAAACCCUUAUAUAAUAUAUAACCUCUUAUUAAGGAUGAUCUGCCUGUAACCGAGCGGGAAAUGGCGCGAGCGGGCGGAGAAAUCAUUCAUUUAAACGUUGGAGGAAAAAGGUUCAGUACAUCCAAGCAGACUCUGACAUGGGUUCCUGACUCCUUUUUUUCAAGCCUCCUGAGUGGACGGAUAUCCACACUAAAGGAUGAAACUGGAGCGAUCUUCAUUGAUCGAGAUCCUUCUUUGUUUGCACCCAUUCUGAACUUUCUGCGCACUAAAGAACUGCACCCCAGGUCUAUAGAUGUGCAUUUGUUGAUGCAUGAAGCUGAGUUCUAUGGAAUCACUCCAUUAGUGCGAAAGCUACAGUUGUGUGAUGAACUAGACCGAUCAUCAUGCGGCAACGUGCUGUUCAACGGAUACCUGCCCCCUGCAGUGUAUCCAGCAAAACGCAGGAACAGGCACAGUGUGGCAGGCCCUCAGUAUAUGGGCGGUCGUUCUGCACAGUUGGAGCGAGCACCAGUCAGACGCAGUAACACCAUGCCACCCAAUCUGGGCAACUCAGGCAUACUGGGCAAAGCUGUAACAGAGGAGAGAGUAACAGGUCAUGGUCCAGAUCCUGGAAUGGUGCGUAUCGUCUGUGGGCACCACAACUGGAUUGCUGUGGCCUACGCACAGUUUGUGGUCUGUUACAGGGUAAAAGAGUCGACGGGUUGGCAGCAGGUGUUUACUAGCCCCAGGCUGGACUGGGUCAUCGACAGGGUGGCACUCAACGCUAAGGUCAUGGGUGGCUCAUUGGGCGACAAUGAUAAGAUGGUUGCUGUGGCAUCAGGCACUGAGAUCAUAUUAUGGGCUAUCUGUCCUGAUGGAAAUGGCAAUGAGAUUGGUGUGUUCAGCCUCAAUGUGCCGGUGGAGGCUCUGUUCUUCGUGGGGAAUCAGCUGAUUGCCACCAGCCACACAGGGAAAGUAGGAGUGUGGAACGCUGUAACCAAACACUGGCAGAAUCAGGAUGUGGUUCCUAUAAACAGCUACGACACGGCCGGCUCCUUCCUCAUCCUGGGCUGCAAUAAUGGGUCCAUUUACUACAUAGACGUACAGAAGUUUCCACUCCGGAUGAAGGAUAAUGACCUGUUGGUGACGGAGUUGUAUCGAGAUCCAAGCGAGGAUGCCAUCACAGCCCUCAGCGUCUACCUCACACCCAAAACAAGUGACAGUGGGAACUGGAUUGAGAUAGCGUAUGGCACUAGUUCAGGUACAGUGCGUGUGAUCGUGCAGCACCCGGAGACGGUGGGCUCUGGACCUCAGCUCUUUCAGACCUUCUCUGUUCAUCGCAGCCCUGUUACCAAAAUCAUGCUGUCAGAGAAACACCUCAUCUCAGUGUGUGCAGACAACAACCAUGUGCGCACCUGGACUGUCACGCGUUUCCGAGGCAUGAUCUCCACCCAGCCCGGAUCCACCCCCCUCACUUCCUUCAAAAUCCUCUCCCUGGACGAUAUCGACGGGCACGGGGGCUGCGCUGCAGGAACUGAGAUCGGUCCUUAUGGAGAGCGAGAUGAGCAGCAGGUGUUUAUUCAGCGUGUGGUUCCUGACACUGAUAAACUCUACGUGCGUCUCUCCUCCAAUGGCAAGAGGGUGUGUGAAGUGCGCUCUGUGGACGGCACCUCCAUCACUUCGUUUGUGGUGCACGAGUGUGAGGGGUCCAGCCGCAUCGGCUCCCGACCACGCCGGUACCUGUUCAGUGGCCACAGCAACGGCAGCAUCCAGAUGUGGGACCUGACUACGGCGAUGGAGAUUGCUGGGAAAGUGGACAUCAAGGCUUUAGGAGGACCCACUGAAGAGGAGCUGUUGGAGCUGUUGGAUCAGUGUGACUUAGCUCUGACCAGAACACCGGACAUGAGUCCAGCUGCAUCUCUAACUCACUCCACCCGCAACUCCACCUGCAGUCUCCAGUCCCAGCUUAAUGAGAGCAUUCGUGGUGGUGGUGGUGUAUCUUCUGCUCGCCCUGCGAUUCCUCACACUGGAAGUCUUCCUCGUCAGGCCCCUCUUCUUCCUUUCAGCAGACCACGGGACCUGCCCGCUCACCUGGGCCUCAGCCAGUGCUCCUUGGCCAGCAGCACCAGCGGCAGUAGCAGUCCGCACCCGGCCAGAUCAGUUCUGGACCGGGACAAAGAGCGGGACACGUACCGCAGAGGCAGCUUUGUGGAGCGAUGCCAGGAGAGAGCCAAAAGCUCUGAUCUAAUUGGAGCUGAGGGAGGUAGGCGGAGUUUAGCUGUGUGUAGUGAGCUGGAGGCACGUUUGGGCCUCAGAACACACACAGCAGCAUCAGCAUCUUCAUUAGCAUCAGGAUCAGCAGCAGCAGCAUCAGCAUCAUCAGCUAGAAGACCUGUAGUUCCAAGCCCCGCCCCCUCUCCGGUAAGUCCAGUCAGAUCACAGAUGCCAGUCUCUCCGCGACGAGGCCCAACGUCACCGGUUAAUGAAGCCACACCUCCUGAGGGAGGACCCAAACCGGAAAGCCCAUCCUCUCCACCACCCACCAGCCCUAAACCACAUAUGAAUGAGACCAGCUUCUGAUUGGCUGGUUGGGAAGUGCAGCAGCAGCAUGAUGAUUGAUUGACAUUGUCAGAGCCAAGGUGGGCACUGAACACUGAAGCUCCGCCCCCCUACUUGUCCAAAAUAGUAUUGUUACUGUCAUGCAGAAACCUUGUAUCUCCAUUUUUGCUUAUUUGUAAUUUUGUUCAUGGUGUAAAUCUGCCAGAUGUUCUUUACAUUGUCUCAAGAUUUUAUGCUGAAUGGACCAAUAGAAAUGCUCCAAAAUAAAUUAAACUUAGUAUAAAUAAAUUAAAUAUUUUAACAUUGAAUUCAAUUCAAGUAAACUUAAAUGACUCUAAUACGGCCAUUUGGUAAUACAAGGUUCUUGUGUGACAUUGACAGUAUAUGAAUAAGACCAGCUUCUGAUUGGCUGCUUUGGAAGUACUACUACAGCAUGAUGGCCACUGGCAUUGGAUGAUUCAGUCACUCAUCACUGGAGCCACACCCAGGGGUUGGGCCUAAACUGAAGCACUGAUGAGACAUAUUACUAACCCUUGAGUAACAGUGGAUAGCUAAGCCAUGCCCUGAGGCGGGGCUAAUAUGGAAGCACCGCCUCCAUGAUUGCACUAAACUGUGUAAACUGAACCUGACCAGCUGUAUAUGCAGAUUGAUUGGCUGCAUUGGACAUGUCGCAUGAUUUGCAUCGCCAUUUUCGCAUCAUAAGCAGGAGGAGCAGCACCAGCAAUGCUGAUAUUAUACACUGUACAAAAAUAUGCUUUAUUUCUAACAUCAAAUUAUGUCUUCCAGAGCAAAAUAGCAAAAUAAGUUUAAUUCCUCUAACAUUAAAUGUGAAUGAAGAAUUAAUUGCUUCAUUUAAUGCAUGAAGCCACUUUGCAUUUUGGCCGCAAAUUGUUUUCUUUUAUGAAAAACUGCAUUUAAGUAUAAUUAAUAAGAUCCUAAUGCAUGUAUUUACGGAAUAGGCCGCUCUAUAGAGUGAAGGCAGAUGUACAUAUCAUGAUGUUGCACAGUAAAAAAAAAAAAAAAAAAAGAGAGAGAUGCAUUAACUGGUGUGUCUUUAGUUUGAAUAGCCUUUUGUUCUUUAGGCUGUUAAGCUGAAGGCGUUUUUCUUCAUUUGUUAUAGACAAUUUAUACCCAGACUGUAGCCUAUGCAUUCCCUAUGCUGUAGAGUGAUAUGCAUCUCCCGCUCUGCGAGAUGUACGUUGCGGACAGAAGCCGCUGUGAUUGGUCCAGCAAGCUGCCCACACAUUCCGCCCUUUAUGGUCUAAGCUGAGGAACAACGCAGGGUCGUGGACACACUAAUGCAAAGAAAUAUCUCAGCUCACUUUAGAUUGAUGCUGUACAAACACAGUCCAAAAUGCUGGACUGUUCCUUAAAUAGCUGAGAUAUGAAGGUCAGAAAAAGAAGCAGUAAGUGCUGGAGUUAAAAGGCUCAUAUCAUAAAACAUGAGUUUAAUGUGGCAUUUCAACUUUGUUAAAGGAGAACUCCACUGUAAAAUGGACUUUUAGUGUAGUAAAACAUGAUAAAAAGUACUUACCUUUGAUGAAUAGCACACCUUCAUUCUCCCACAGCGUUCAGAGAUCCAGAAAUUUUAACAGUUUGUCUAAACACCCUUCAGACUGGAGGACAUGGGGCAUAAUUUGCCCAGAUAAAUUUCUUCUAAUAUCAAAGCUCAAAGUAGCUCAAAAAAACCCUGACAUUUAAAACGAGGCAUUAAUAACUUAAAAAGCGCACCAGAAGCUUAUUUAAAACGUUUUUCAAGUAGGUGUGGAGCUACUUCGAGCUGGAUAACGGUGGAAAAAGUGAUUUAUCAGGGUCUGAAGGGUGUUUAGACAAACUGUUAAAAUUUCUGAAUCUCAGAACGCUGUGGGAGGUGUGCUCUUCAUCAAAGUUAAUUACUUUUUAUCAUCUUUUACUACACUAAAAGUACAUUUUACACCAGAGUUCUCCUUUAAUGUUUAAAAUUUAUUCCCCUGUCCGUAUUAACAAGUUAGGCUGAAGCUGAUAUAUCCCCACCCAUUCAGCCUACAGCAGUUUAGCUCCACCCAUUUAGAUCCACCAUCUAUCCCCAGACUGCUCUUUUAUUGAGGCCCCAAAACAACAAGUUUUCAUAUACAUAUCAGUUUUAAACAUGUAAAAAAAAUUAAGAAUGUAUCUGUUUUUGUGCAUUACUGGGACAAGUGAAAUGUAGGAUACGGGCUCUAUAAUGCUAACAUAUGAUGAUAGAUGCUGAUAAAUGGAGUUCUGAGUGCAUUUCAUUUUCUAUCCAAUUUUUUUAAAAUGGUCAGCACUGUUACACCAACACUGAACUGUAUCGGCCUGUAUUAGAUACACAGGAAAUAAACUGUUGUUACCUGCAUCACCUUUGUGCUGGUUACAGUGGGUGGGGUGUGGAGGUUGUUCUGCAGGUAGCUGCUUUUAGUAACACUGUUGAGCCUUAGAAGGGAAACAUGGCGACAUCUCACUCACUUUGAGUACGUAUUCUUACUAGUGUUGCUUAAAGCAUUUUAUAAUCCCAUGCAUCUUAUAUAUGAAAAUAGACCGAAAAAUAGUGAUUCAUUGACAGUGCGACUUAUAUUCUGUUGCGCCUUAUAGUCUGAAAAAUAUGGUAAUUUACAAAUAAAACAAAAAAUCUUUUUUUUUUUGAUUGGGAAAAAAACUACAAUUACCAGUUUAAUUUGAAAGCAGUAUAUAAAGUCUUGGCAGGCAGUGUAGUGCUGAGGUUAAUUUCUAACAGUAUACAGAGGGUGCUGUACACUAAAGUGGGGGGUUGGGUGGUGGUGUGUAUUAGCUGUGUUGUGAUUUGAAACAUUCUUCUUUAUUAACACCUGUUGUUGCAAUGUUAAAUACCAGCCUGCCCCCAUGAGCUGUUAUCUUAGAUGGCUUUGGUCUCAUCAAAUCAGCAGCAGCAGCACGCGUCACAACUGGGGGCUUAUCUUCAAAGGGAAGAGCAACCGAAGUUUUAAAAUCCUAAAAGCUAGAAAACAAAAGAUAUUCAGAGUGGGUCUGGUGAAAAAUUCUGUGCAAAAUGCUUAGUAUUGUUCUGAAUAUAAAAUAGUUUUUACACCACAUGGUUAUGAAUACACUGUCUGAUACUGGAGACACUGUUUUACUGUGAGUUCUGAGAAGAUUUUGGGUGAAAAAAAGUGUUUAAAAUCACAUAUCAUUUCAUUAAAGUGGUGGAGGGGUCAGUGCAGGGUGUAGUGUGACAAAAAAAAACUUUUUUUUUUCUAGAAACUUUACCACUAUUUUAUCAACAGCAUUUUAUAUGCACUGGGAGGGCUGGAUAGUGAAUACAAUAUAAUAAAAUGGCUAUGAUUCACCACCACUGUGUUAAAUAAAAAAAAGAAAUGCAAUUUUCACAGCAAAAUUCCCACUCUCUAAAUGUGUUCAUCCCCAGCAGUGUUAUGCAGAUCAUUUUGAAACAUCAGUGAAAGUUUAUAUAUUAUAUAUUUAACUUGUUUACUGCAGUAGAAGAAAUAUUGUUUAUUAUGAGGAAUGCUUUUGCCGACCUGUAUCAUAUAAAUACUGAAAGCUGUAUGCAUUUUUUACCAUAGAUGCAUUUGAUAUGUAUUGAAUUUAAUAUUUCUUUUGUAUUCAUAUUUUUUCAUUCUUUUGUUUUCCAUUGGUUUCCAUGCAAAAGAAAUAUGAAUAUGAUGUUUGUUCAUUUUGAUACAUUUCAUUUUGACAAAUGAUUGACUAAUACUAAAAAUAUAUAAAUAUAUAACAUGUAUAUAAACAGUACCAUGUGAAGCAAUUUUUUGUGAAUAUUUGUUUUUUUAAAAGAUGCCUUUUUUAAACUCCUUAACUUUGCUUUUGUAUGGGAUCAACAACACGAAACAAAUGAUUAACAAAGACACACAAAUCAAAAUUGCAAAAAUAGUUUAUUUACGUAUAAAUAGCCAAAAUGCAAAGCAUAUUUUAUAAAUAAAUAAAACAAAAUAAAUAGUAAA